GUACACAAAUCUGCUUCCUGUUUACGUUUGCUGAGUACUUUGAGUCUGUGAAGAGACCGCAGACAUCGCGAAUUGCACCUGGAAACAGGCUCCGCGUUAGUUUUUCCACAUCCGUCGCUGUCCGUGCGCCUGCAGCCGAUCCUGUCUGUUAGACAGGCCGUUUCAAUGCAUUUCAGAGAAGCUUUACCGCCGCGCAGAUGGACGCCGUUGAUCUGUUUUCAAGCUGCAGAAAGGGCGACAUUGCCAGAGUGAGAUACCUGGUUGAACAGAGAGAUGUAGAGCUGAACAUCAGAGAUAAGUGGGACAGCACACCUCUGUAUUACGCAUGUCUCUGUGGACAUGAAGAGCUGGUGCAGUACCUGCUUGCCAAUGGAGCAAAGUGUGAGGCGAACACAUUUGACGGCGAGCGCUGUCUGUACGGAGCGCUGAGCGACCCCAUCCGCCGCCUGCUCAAAGAGUACAAGCGCAUCACUGCGAAGGCCAUGCAGAGAGACUACUACGACCAGUUCCUGCAGACGCUUUUGGAGCAGGGUCACUACAGUGAUGUGACGUUUCUGGUGCAUGGGGAGAUGUUCAAGGCCCACCGGUGUAUCUUGAGUGCCCGAUCAGAAUACUUCGCACACAUGCUGGAGACCAAGUGGAAGGGCAAGAGUGCGAUUGCACUCAAACAUCCACUGGUCAAUCCUGCUGCAUUUGGUGCAAUUAUGCAGUAUUUCUACACUGGUCGUUUGGACAUAGAUGUGAAUUACGUGGAGGAUUGCAAGCGUUUGGCGAAACAGUGCAAGAUCAGCGAGCUGAUUGAGGAGCUGGAAGUGAAGUGCAAACAGGUUUAUGAGUUUGUGUCUAAUAAGCCCGGAACAUGUGUGAAGGUGUUGACACUGGAUCCUCAUGACUUUCAGCUGCAGGAUGGGAUGGCUCUGCUGGCUGACAGUGCACUUCCUGCGGAGCUCAGGGUUGGGUACGGUCAGCUUCCUUUCGAUCUGACUGACAGCUUUCCGAGUUAUCCUGAUAUCUGUUUCCGGGUGGAGGGCUAUGACUUCCUUUGUCAUAAGGCGUUUUUCUGUGGUCGUAGUGAUUAUUUUAAAGCUCUGUUGGAGGAUCAUUUCAGCGAGGGUGAAACUCUACAGGCUCAUCCCAGUAUUCCCGUCAUCAGCCUUCACGAUGUGUCUCACGAUUUGUUUACAAGAAUCCUUUACUACAUCUACAGUGACAACACUCAGCUCUCUCAUGAGAACGUGUAUGAGGUUCUGUGCGUGGCCGACAUGUACCUGUUACCGGGUCUGAAGCGUCUGUGUGGAAGGACUCUGGCCGCGCUGCUCAAUGAGGAGAACGUGCUACAUGUGUGGAAGACGGCCAAACUGUUCCGGCUCUCGCGUCUGGAGGACCAGUGCACAGAAUACAUGGCCAAGAUUAUAGAGCGGCUGGUGGAAAGGCCAGAGUUUGCUGAUAUGAUCAGAGAGGAUGCUGGGAACGUGGCCGCUAGGCAGGAAACUGAUUCCAUCCCUCUGGUGGACGAGAUCCGUUUCCACAUCGCCAGUGACGUUCAGACGUACAGCGAAAUCGAGGAAGCCAACCAGAAACUCAGCGCCCUGGAGCUCCUGCUGGCCAGCAUUGGGCUGGAGUGCUGAAAAACUACAAGGAACGUGAGGUCGGGAGGGAGCGGGACGCUGAAUGAUUUAUGAAAUGCUUUACAUGCACAAAUAAUCUGUAGCAAACUAGCAUCACAUUAGCAGCAACAAACUAAUAUGGUCGAUUCUAACCAAAAACACACGCACAUACACAGUCAGAUGCGUCAUAUCGCAGUGGCCUGUUGUGAUUUAGUGAAGCUUCCUGUCUGUAGUUUUUGAUGUUUUCCAUGAACAAACUCCCUCUAGAGAGCUAAAAGCCUGACAUUUUGAUUUCCACCGGUAGUGAGCAUUGUGUUUAAGUUAAUAUUAGCAUUCUUCAUGAUGUUUGGACAUGUACUGUUCAAUCUUCCAGAUGCAUCAUGUAGCAGAAUAUUUAACAAACUCUACAGGAAACUUGUUGUGAAGUGUUGUUGUGGAGUCAAAACAAUAAUAAUUCAUGGGUUUAGCUGUUACAUCACCGAAUAUGAUUUGAGUCCAUAUUUAAUCAAACAUGAGGCGAUUUCUUUUGGAAAUGAAGUUCUCACUUGCGUUUUCUCUGGUGUUUGUGUGACCAUUUGUUAAAGCAAACUAUUAUUAUUAAUGCCUCUAAAUGUGCGUUCACUCACAAAUGUAUCUUCCAGCGCUGAUAUAGAAGUUUCUCCGCUUUGCAUCCACAGGAAAGACUUCUGCUAAUGUGCAUGCAAUAUUUGCAUUUAAUAUCAAUAUUAUAAUCAGGAAAUGUGCUUCUAAACCUGAUUGUCCUUAAUCUUUCUCCAACUAAACUCUUUUUCCUGCAUUGCUUUGAUUUUAUUUCAUAGCCUUUUAUUUAUUCUAUUUUAUGCUGGUCUUAAAGUGACACGUCUGCACGAUGUGGUUUAAAUCUUCAGCAUUAUCCUUAGCUCAUUUCCGUCGCAGCACUUGAGUUUGUGUAUGUUUGUGUUACUGAACUGGGUGCUAAGGAGAAUAUCCCACAAAUGACACUUUUGUGUAUGAACAUUCAUGAAUUUCAGAGUCAUGAAAUAUCUGUUUAUGAUCGGAUGUGUUGGCAUUGCAAUUUCCUUUCAUGUGAUUUAUGGGUGGGAUACUGUGACUGAAUGGGAUGCACUGUACAUAGGUGAGAAAAAAUAAAUAUUAUUUAAUAUUG